AUGCCUGGGAGUUUAGAGCCAUUGGAUGUUGGUUUACAGAUCCCUUAUCACUUCCGGUGCCCGAUUUCUUUGGAGCUGAUGAGUGAUCCGGUGACGGUUUGUACCGGUCAGACGUACGACCGUUCCAGCAUAGAGUCGUGGGUGGCCACGGGGAAUAUUACGUGUCCAGUUACCCGCGCGCCUCUUUUAGAUUUUAGCCUUAUUCCAAAUCACACUCUCAGACGGCUUAUUCAGGAUUGGUGUGUUGCGAACCGGUCAUUUGGAGUGGAGCGGAUUCCAACUCCGAAACAACCCGCUGACCCGUGUGUGGUCCGGAUGUUAUUGAAUCAGGGUUCAUCUGAAUCUGUUGCGUUCAAUUUGAGACUCAUUGCUCUGAGGAAGCUAAGAGCUCUUGCUCGUGACUCGGAUAAGAAUAGCGCUGUAAUUGUUGCAAAUAAUGGACGUGAGAUUCUUCUUUCCAUUGUGUUCUCAGAUGUUAGUUCCAACUCGUCCGAGUUGAAUCACGAAUCGCUUGCGAUUUUGUCUAUGAUUUCACUCUCUGAGGCAGAGUGCUUGUACGUGGCUACCAUUUCGGAUCGAGUUGGAUACCUGGUGAAAUUACUAUUCCAUUCAAACAUUGAUAUCCAAGUAAACUCGGCUGCGAUGAUAGAGAUUGUUACGGCCGGAGUAAGAUCCGCGGAGCUCAGAGCACAAAUUAGCAAUGUUGAUGGAAUAUUCGAAGGUAUUGUUGGAAUUUUGAAUUGUCCACUGGCAAAUGCGAGGGCUUUGAAAAUCAGUAUCAAGGCAUUGUUCGCUUUGUGCCUUGUGAAGCAACAUCGUAACAAGGCUGUCACCGCCGGAUCGGUGCCGGCGCUGAUUAAUAGGCUGGUGGAGUUCGAGAAAUGUGACGCAGAGAGGGCACUAGCGACAGUGGAACUACUCUGCCGGAUAUCAUCAGGCUGCGCAUCCUUCGCUGCCCACGCGUUAACAGUGCCACUCCUAGUAAGAAUCAUUCUAAAAAUCUCCGACCGUGCAACGGAAUAUGCUGCUGGUGCCCUUCUUUCUAUAUGCUCGGCAUCCGAGCAGGCUCAGCGAGAGGCGGUGUCUGCCGGCGUGUUAACUCAGCUUCUACUACUCGUUCAAAGCGAUUGCACAGAGAGAGCAAAACGAAAAGCCCAAAUGCUGCUGAAAUUGCUUCGUAACUCGUGGCCGGAGGAUUCAAUUGCAAACUCCGGUGAUUUUGCUUGCGCAGACGACGUCGUACCGUUCUGA